GGGACAGCUGCCCCCUCUAGAGAAAAAUGUAAUAAAAUAUUUUACUGGGAGUUGAUAUGAAAGAAAAAUAUUUUAUUAGAUAUAUUGUUUAAUUUUUUUAUGCACUUUUCAGGAAAUUUUGCUCACAGUGAGUUUGUCAAACUUUGAAUAGAACCUUUGUACGAAAAUGUGGUAUCAUCCAAAUUUGAUUUCCAAUCAAGUUUCCUACACUUUUGGCCUAAAAAUUGAAAUUGUUCAAUUGCCACAGCAACAAUCCAUUCCGAUAGGGAAAGGAUCAACGAUUGACAAGUUUAUUGGGUUUUUCCCCACUGCAGACACCGACUUCGGUAUCCAGAUUGACAACACCAGCAACGACAGACGCAUAUCAUUUAAUCUGAAAGGCACCAAGGAUUUCGGAUCUUUCGUUGUAGGGGCUGGAAGGAAAGCCCUACUGAAAACUGUCACUGACAACGGCAGACAUUUUCAUUUUGCCAGUCAAUUAAGCGAGAAAGGUAAAGAGGUGGUGGCGGCCAAUGCCGCGCGUAGCAACAUAACCUACGAAGAGUCUUCCGAAAUUUGCUCAAGGCUGGUGUUUGAUGUUGCUAUUGAGGGAAGCAAAUUCACCGUUUAUGUGGAAACUCUGACAGGUAAAGUACUAGAAAUUAAAGUAUCGUCCAAUGUUGAGACUGUUGAAACAUUGAAAUCCUUGAUUAAACACAAAGAAGGAAUUCCGGUCGAUCAACAGAGAUUGGUCUUUAAGGGCGAACAAUGUGAAGACGGUCGCACAAUGAAAGAUUAUAAUAUACAAGCUGGUAGUACUCUCUAUUUGCUACUUAGAUUACGUGGUGGUGGUGUAUGCUCCGACACUGUUAAAGGUGCUGAUGACGUCAAGCAAAGGUUCAUGGCUAAUGCUUCUCCUGCUAUUGAAGCUGGUGUAAACCAGAUUUUUUCUUCUACGUCCAACAAAAAUGGCGCCAUUGAACGUGGAGCAAUUUGCUUUGGAGAAAAAACCAAUCAAACUUUUACAGAAUGUCGCGAUUUCAACGAAUCCGACGUUGAUAAUGUGAAACCAUUCACAUUGGAACUUUUUUUCAAUCCAAAUAUGUAUUCUCUAGAUCCAUAAGUUGUGUGCUAUUUUUGUGAUAAAUAAAUAAACAAUAAAC